AUGCUGUCAAAGUGCAGCACACUUGCAAAGUUAACAUAGAGCGUGAUGUCUAUCGAUAUUUUUUUAAUUACAAAGGAAUAUCGUCAAGGGAUUCUAAAUACACCAUGCCCAGCUUAGAGGAUUUUAACAAGCUGUCUCCACCCUAUUAUUGGCGGUAUGUAUCUGGACCCUCAUGGCCAGGGAAAGGCCUAUGAUUUUCCUUUAAAGAUGAAAGCUUACCUU